UUUUAAAAAUGAAAGCAUAGAAAUAACAUUAGUAAAACGCCGUACAUAUUUCUUAAAUCUAGACUUAUUCCCUGUGAGUUAUAAUAAACCCAAGGGGUACUUUUAUAGAUUAUUGUACAAAACAAUUUAAAAAGUAAGAUUUAUAUGUGUUGUGAGUAAAAAGUCUACGUAUUAAAAAGAGAAUGCCACAUAAUUACGUGGACAAUCCCAUGAACAGAAGGCUGGGCAGAGUUGGCCUGCCUAGGGGUUCUGCUGUCCAUAGUGCUGGGAGCAGUACUUCAAGCCGAUCAAACUACUAUGUCGACAAUUCACUGAACAGAAGUCUAGGGCGGGUAGGCUUGCCACAUGGGACUGCUGUACACUCCAGCUCCAGUAGUAGCAGCAGCUCCUAUAAAACUUAUGUAGAUAAUCCCUUGAACCAGUCUCUAGGGAGAGUGGGAAUGCCCCACGGUACAGCUGUCCAUUCCAGGUCUGAUAACAGCCUUACUUAUAGACUGCAGCAACUAACCACAAGUGAUCACAGCAGCAAGGUGUAUAAAGACAACAAAUUGAACAGAAAACUUGGACGUGUUGGAAUGCCACUUGGAUCAAUGCCACAAUCCUCACAAAGUGCUAGAGCAACUACCCCAAAAACUACCAGUAGCCAUUCAGCCAGCUCCUCUGGGAAAGUGUAUGUAGACAACUACUACAACAGAAAGCAUAACAGAGUUGGUAAACCGCUAGGCAGUGUGCCAAUACCAGCCAACACCCAAAAGUACAAGGACACGCCUUUGAACCGCUCCUUGGGUAGGGUUGGGAAGCCGUGGGGAACUUGUCCAAAUAAGAAAUGGCCACAUGCAGAUUUGCUACAAAAGUUGAUGUAUAUGCAAGAGGGUGAAGAUUUUCCUGAUGAGAUUGAGGAAAUUUAUGAAACAAACGAAGUCGCUGAAGAUUUUAUCAACCACUUCAUGGACCUGGUCAAUCGGGAAAAAACCAUCAGAGGAUGGCUGGAGCAAAAGGGAACAGGGUGGAAGGCUCAGUCUCAUUUGUCUCUGCAAACUAUUGAAAAAUACAAGGGCAACGUCAUCCCUUUUGAGGAGCUUGAGUUAAAAAAAAAGAUAGGUCACGGAGGAUUUGGGGACGUUCAUCUCGCGGAAUGGAAGGGUGGGGAAGCUGUAGCGGUGAAGAAACUGAGAGUGGAGCGGGUGUCACAAAAGAGGCGCCAACAGUUUGAAGAUGAGAUUGCACUGUUUUGUACCUUGCAGCAUCCAAAUAUUGUUGGGUUUUUGGGAGCCUGUGUGGUGAGUCCCAAUCUGGCCAUUGUCAUGGAGUACAUGGAUAUGAGCCUUUAUGAAGCCCUGCAUGUAAAACAGGUGGAUUUUGCAGACCACGAUAAACUAAAUAUAAUGAGAAAUGUAUCACAAGGCAUAGAUUAUUUACAUGAGAAGAGCAUCGCUCAUUGUGACCUGAAAACACAAAAUGUUCUUCUCAACAAUGUUCCUGGCCAAGAUUUAACGGACUCACAAGAAGUGGUCAUUGCAAAAAUAACAGAUUUUGGUCUAAGUAUGAUGAAAAAUGACAUGGAGUCAAGUGCUUCUGCUGGCACAGCUGUGAGUAACAUUGGAACACCAAGAUAUUCAGCACCAGAGGUUCUCCGGGGUGAAUUGUUGAAUGUGGAGCAGCUGAUGAAAGCUGAUGUUUACUCUGAAGGUCUACUCAUCUUGGAGCUGGUGGUUGAGGAAAUAGCUUUUGAAGAUUUGACCAUACAACAGCUGAGGGUCCAAGUUGGGGAGAAAAAUUUGAAGCCUGACAUUCCGAGACGUCUGACGCUGGACAAGCAACUGAAGAAGAUGUUGGAGAAAUGUUGGAGCAGCAAACCAGAUGACAGACCAUCAUCACAUUCUGUCUGCCUGAUGGUUAAUACUAUUAAUAACCUUAUCAUUGGUGAGGAGAGAAGUGAAUAAAUUCAGAUUAGUGCAAUGGUGUUGCUCAGAAUGGGUAAUGUUAAAAGGGAAAUAUUUUUCUCAAUUUUAUAUUUUUGGUUGCCAAUACAUCCUUGAG